CGGAGCCUCCCCUGCUCGCUGGCUGCGCCGGGGCUGCGGAGCGUGGGGGGCUCCUCCGUCCCAUGGCCCUGCCCGAGCCCUGAGCGCGUCCCCCGCCAUGAAGACCAUCAUCGCCGCCUACUCCGGCGUGCUCCGAGGCACGGGAUCGAACAUUCUUUCUGCUCUGCAGGAUUUGUUCUGGCUAUUGAAAUCCAAAGUAGAGAAACAGCUCCAAAUCAUCUCUGUGCUGCAAUGGGUUCUCACUUUCCUUAUCAUGGGUAUUGCUUGCACUUUAAUCCUCAUGUACAUACUGUGUACAGAUUGCUGGGCGAUUGCUGCUCUCUAUUUAGCCUGGCUGGUAUUUGACUGGAAUACACCAAAGAAAGGGGGAAGAAGAUCCCAGUGGGUGAGAAACUGGGCUAUAUGGAGGUACUUCAGGGAUUAUUUUCCAAUAAGACUGGUUAAAACCCACAAUCUGCUGACCACCAGGAAUUACAUUUUUGGGUACCAUCCACAUGGCAUCAUGGGCUUGGGUGCCUUUUGCAACUUCAGCACAGAGGCCACGGGUGUGGGCCAGAAAUUCCCUGGGAUCCGACCAUACCUUGCUACCCUGGCUGGGAACUUCAGGAUGCCCAUACUGAGGGACUACCUAAUGUCUGGUGGUAUCUGUCCUGUGAACCGUGACAGCAUAGACUACAUCCUGUCCAAGAAUGGCAGUGGCAAUGCCAUCGUCAUCGUGGUCGGAGGGGCAGCAGAGUCCCUGAACUGCACCCCAGGGAAGAACUCUGUGACACUGAAGAACAGGAAGGGAUUUGUGAAGCUGGCUCUGCGGCAUGGAGCGGACUUGGUUCCUGUCUACUCCUUUGGGGAAAAUGAAGUGUACAAGCAGGUGAUCUUUGAAGAGGGUUCCUGGGGAAGAUGGGUUCAGAAGAAGUUCCAGAAGCACAUUGGCUUUGCUCCAUGCAUCUUUCAUGGCCGUGGCCUCUUCUCCUCCAACACCUGGGGGUUGUUACCCUACUCCAAGCCCAUCACUACUGUUGUUGGAGAGCCCAUCACCAUCCCCAAAAUUGAUAAUCCAUCCCAGCAGGAUGUGGACUUCUACCAUAGCAUGUACGUGGACUCCCUGAUCAAACUCUUUGACAAAUUCAAGAGCAGAUUUGGCCUGCCGGAGACUGAGGUCUUGGAAGUCAACUGAAGGCACUGGCUCAGCAACACCUCCUCCUCUCAGAACCAACACAUCGUUUCCAGGAGUCCAAGUUGUCACUGUGUACUUGAAAGCCUGUGUGGAUGUCUGUAUUCUUCAAAGCAAGUGCUUAAAGUAUUGCUAAACCACUUAAAAAAUAAUAAAGGCUUUGCUUUAGAGAAAUCCCAUUAAAACAUCUUUUUAUACAAAAAAAAAAAAGCACAACUCCCCAUUGCUGUGAGGAUUUGGAUAAAUGAUUGCCUUUGUAAUCUGCUGUAUAAUGCUGUUGGAUCACCAGCAAUGAAUUAGAAAAAUUCCUACAGCUACUGUACCCACUAGCACAAGCAGUUUUGGGAGAGUAGGAUUCAUCUGGUUUUCAAUCUAAAAAGCAGCAGGUUGAUUUGAGCAGCGUGGCAGUUUUACAGGUGUGUUGCACAGGAGCCCUGUUGAGACAUGCUCACAUAGUACAAGGGUAUUUCUGCUUUGGACAAGCCCUUUCUGGAAGUACUGUUGGGCUGUCAACCCCCCUGGUGUGGCAUCUGUGCUGGAUGGUGCAGAGAGAGUCAGGUGAAGCUUGAUCCAUAGUGCAGUGGAUGAUUUUGUGGCUGUAAAUUCACCACUGUAUUUAAGAUGUCAGUUCAGAGGCAGGUAUGUCCCAGGUGCUGCUUGCACAGAGGCUUGUAGCUGGAAAUACGAGGC